CUGUCAGUGAUCAUCGGGUUCUUGGUCACCUCCCUGACCGGCAGUUUGGCGUGCUGUCAGCUCUAGGAAGAGUCUUGGUGGUUCGAAACUUCUUCAAUUUAAGAAUGAUGGAGGCCACUGUGUUCUUGGGAAUCUUCAAAGCUGCAGAAAUGUGUGGAUAACCUUCCCCAGAUCUGUGCCUCGACAACAAUCCUGUCUCUGAGUUCUACAACCAAUUCCUUCGAUCUCAUGGCUUGGUUUUUGCCCUGACGUGCACUGCCUUUUGAGACGCAGAGUUGCUGAAUGUUUGACGGUGGAACAGCCAUUUCCCCACCUGUGAAGGUUAAACGCUUCCACCGUGUGGCCACCAACUGUCAGUGUAUACACCUUGCAUCAUGUCUUCUUGUCACGGCCGUCAACAGAAGUGGACCAAGGUGCAGCGUGUGGUGAGUUGUGUCCCCGAGGCUACAGAUGAACGGGUGGUUGUGAGCGGUCUGCCAGAUGAUGAUGGUGUUAUACAGUACGGCCAUGAGCUCAGGUUCAGCUGCCCCAACCCAGAACACCAACUGAAGGGAAACCCACAGAACCCUGCACUGUGGACGAUCAGCUGAUGAACACACAGAAAAUCCAAUUCAUGCUUCCUCAGAAAGAUCAAACUAAACACUCUGUCACACAUGUGGACCAUAUCACUGUUAAGUGUACUGGUCAUAGUAGACUUAGCCCAGGAAGUGUUGAUUUUCGUCAGCAGUGUAUACAUGGGGUCAUGAACUUACCUCAUUGCCAAUAGUGGCUUCAGCUCACGGGAAGAGACGGCCACUAACUUGUUGGACAAACAUGUCAACGAAUAACCCCUGUCAAUAGUUUUCUUAAAUAUUUUCAGCUUCAUGAUUGUCCAACAUUAAAUAAAGUGCCUCUGAUUCUAAUUGAAUCAAUUGAAUUUAAUAAAAAUCGAAUCGAAUCUACUCUACUCUACUCUAAUCUACUCUAAUACAAUGUACUCUAUUCUAAAUUAAUCUAAUCUACUCUAAUCUAAACAAAUCUACUCUAAUCUAAUAUUUAUUAUUAUAAUUGUUCCCUGGAAUAUUAUCCCACACACCAUCAAGCCUUCUCAUCCCACUGGACACAGACGCCAAAUCAACAUCUAUUCCACGUGGGUUCAAUUUCAUUUCCAUGACAUGGAGACAACGUUGAUUCAACCACUGUGUGCCCAGUGGGAAGUUAGUGGUGCUGGGAAUGACAUGAUCAAAGGUCACUGUAAAGAUACAUAACGUAUAUUUUUUACAAUAUCAAAGCAGCCAGACAAUAUCUAGUAAAAUGUCCUUGUGGUCCUUGCCAAGUAUUUCAACAGCAUCAUCGUUACUGAGUGUCAUAGAUGUGUUCUUUGCAUUCUACACAUUGAGGCAGGAAUAUUGACCUUCAAUUCUCAUAUGCAAGAAAAAGUUAAAUGUAACAUUGUGUGUUUUGUUUAGUUGGUAGGUUAAUGUGGGGUAAACCCUGGCAUGCUCUCAAGGUGUAGAAGUCAAUAAAACAUUAACUUUAAAUCGAUUUUGGCCCUCCCCUUUUGCCCCUGGAUAAUACGGCUUGAGGGGAAAAAGUUGUCUUGCUGGAACAAACAUUGCUAUGUCAACAGACAGUAAACAGACAGGUUUAUGUGAGGUUUAUGUCAGUACAGAUUUGUUCACCAUAUUUGAUGAUUCAUCAAUGACCUUACAAAUGGAGCUUAUCAUCAUUACAAUCAACAAUCAAAGUAUUUGCUACCUGUCUAAAUGUCUUUCUAUCUCUAAACCUAUGCUCUUCAGAUUAGAUAUGUCUCUAUAUGGCUGACCAAAUUAUUUGCACUUUUACGUUUGUUUUGAUUUGCUCAAUUAAUUAAUAGACUGAACCAAUGCAGUUCCUACAUUGAGCAUUUUCCUCAGUGUUUCCCCUCCCCGCAAUGUAGGUUUGAUUGAAUUCUAGUAUUUUGGGUCAUUCACCCUGGACAGUGGUUCUCUUCAGUGCUUCCUGGGGGCUGGAACUCUGUAGACAAACAUUAACUUUGGGAUAGACACUGUUUAUUUAUGUUCUACUCAUUCCAUUUUUACUGCAUCUACCAUUUGCUCAACAUGAAAUCAUCUCUGACUCUGCUGUGUCUGGUGGUAUGGGUGAAUGUGGACGCUUCAUCAGCUCAGACUGUGUGCAGGGGACCUCUACCAAAUGUGCCCAAUGCCAGGGUCACUGAGGAAAGCGUCAAAGAAGAGUACAAAGAGGACAACAUUGUCCUCUUUUCCUGCAACGUUGGCUUUGUGCCAGCAGGCAGAAUAAGUUUUCAGUGUAAGAAGAAUAAGUGGGUGGUGGUCCGUCAGGGGAAAUGCAAUCCUAAACCAUGUGAGCUCCCUGAUGAAACUGCCAAUGGCCACUACAGCAUCCAAGCUGGGGAUGACUUUGUCUUUGGGGCCACUAUCAAAUACACUUGCAAUGAUGGUUAUCAGAUGGUGAGCAAAAUGGACAUCAGAACCUGUAUGGUGGCAGGAUGGAGCAACCACCUGCCCAUAUGUGAAGUGGUGAGUUGUGUCCCCGAGGCUACAGAUGGACGGGUGGUUGUGAGCGGUCUGCCAGAUGAUGAUAGUGUUAUACAGUACGGUCAUGAGCUCAGGUUCAGCUGCCCCAACCCAGAACACCAACUGAAGGGAAACCCACAGGUAGUGUGUGCUACGGGGGGGAUGUGGAACAACCGUUUCCCCAUCUGUGAAGAUGUGACUUGUGAAGCUGCAGAGAAGAUUAAGAAUGGGAACGUGAUAGGAAUUCCCGAGAACAACAACACCAUGAAGUAUGGACACAGACUACAGUUUGAGUGCAGCAACUCUAAACACGUUCUGAAGGGGGAAUCAGAGGUCACCUGCACAAGCAAUGGACAGUGGAGUCACUCCUUUCCAAUUUGUGAAGAGCGCAAGGAUUUCUGUGGACCACCUCCACAUCUCAUGAACGGAGACACAACGGACGAUACCAGAGAAAGCUACAGACACGGAGAAUCAGUUCAUUAUGACUGCCAGAAAUACUACAUCAUUGAGCCCCCUUCAGCGUACAAGACGUGUCGUGAUGGGAUCUGGACAGGACCGAUAACCUGCCUGAAACCCUGCACUGUGGAUGAAGAGCUGAUGAACACACAGAACAUCCAAUUUAAAUAUCCUCCGGAAGUUCAAAAUAAACUCUAUGCCACACAUAGAGAUCAUAUCACUUUUAAGUGUACUGGUGAUAGCAGACUGAGCCCAGGUAGCGUUGAUUUUCGUCAGCAGUGUAUAAACGGGGUCAUGAACUUACCUCAUUGCCAAUAGUGGCUUCAGCUACGGGAAGAGAUGGGCAAAGGCUUGUUGGACAAACAUGGCAAUGAAUAACCUGUCAAUAGUCUGCUCAAACUAUUUGUUCUGGGGCUUUGCAUAAACUAAGGAACAUUGAUUUCACAGUUGUUUUUCAUGUCAGUCCGAGCUUCAAUAAAGUACCUCGGGUUUUGAAUUCACAA